AUGUUUGGUCAUCAAUUCAGGGAUAAAUACUUCAGCACCCUUUCUUCAUCUGUUAUCCCAGUCAACCAUGGUAGUUUCGGAACUGUUCCUUCCCCUGUCUAUGAUGUGUAUCUUUCCAAGCUUGCAGAAUAUUCAGAAUUUCCAGAUAGGUUCUUCAAUCUUCAUCAGAAGGAAGUUUACGUUGAUUCUUUAAAGGUUCUUGCUCAAGUUUUGCACUGUGACUAUCGUGAUUUAGCAAUGGUUGAUAAUGCAACAACUGCAUUAGCCACAGUUUUGAGAAGUUUUCCAUUCCAAGCGGGGGAUACUUUUGUUUACCACAGUACUGGAUAUGGUCCUAGUAAAAACUUACUUUACUUCAUGAGAGAUCAAUAUAAGAUAAACUUAGUUGAAGUUAAAAUAACUUAUCCUAUCAGUAACAAGGAAAUAGUUUCAAAGUUCAAAGAAGCAUUCGAAAUUCAUAAACCCAAGUUAUGUAUGUUUGAUGUUAUUUCAAGUAUGCCAGGAACCGUUAUGCCUUAUGUCGAAUUAAUCCAAUUAUGCAAACAAUAUGACGUCCUUUCUUUGGUUGACGGUGCUCAUGCAAUUGGAAAUAUUCCUCAAGACUUAGGCAAACUUCAACCCGACUUUUAUACCAGUUUGAUGCAUAAAUGGUAUUUCGUUCCAAGACCAAGUGCUGUAUUAUACGUUAAUCGUAAGCAUCAUACCAAAGUUCAAGCAUUCCCAACCUAUGAUUACUCCACUAAGGAAGAUGUUGAUGAGAAUAUCUUGAUUGAUAAGUUUUCAUUCUGGGUCUAUCGUCAUCAUGUUUCAAUUUGGACUGUUCCUGAUGCACAGAAAUUUAGAGAUGAAGUAUGUGGUGGUGAAGAGAAUAUUUAUAAUUAUUGCCAUUCUUUAGCUAUGGAAGUCGGUAAACUCAUUAGCGAAGAAUGGGGCACUCUGUAUUUGGAUGAUGAGGAUCAAAUAUCAACUAUGGUUAAUGUCGAAGUCCCCGUUUCUCCUAAACUUCUUGAAAAUUGGACUGAUGUUGAACCAAAAUUUAAGAAAGAAUUAUUUGGUAAGAAUACCUUCGUGCCUUGUGUUAUUCAUAAUGGGAAGUUGUAUGCUAGAUUCUCGUGUCAAAUAUUCAACGAAAUAAGCGACUACCAGAGUGCUUCAAAGUUACUCUUAGAAGUAUUGCAACAAUUAGAAGAAAUCUACCUUCAUGAGAAUUUCUCAACCUCUUUAAGUUUGUAG